GACUGAGGUCUGGUGGUGAUGUUUUGGGUCGGAAGAGCCGAAAAUCUCCGCUAAAACUGCGCCGAUUCAUAAAGAACCGCGCGCGCGCUGAAGAGGAGCGUCUGCGGGGGCCUUACGCGUGGCCGCCGUCCGGACCAGGCCGGUUUAGUCCAGUUUUGGCUGGUUUUCAGCGCCUGAAGGGUUGAUGUUGUUGUCAGUGCCGCUGAGCUCCUCCAGAUGAUGAGCAGCAUGUCCGGCACUGACCUGCACUCAGAACCGGACCUCCGGCUCCAUUCUGGGGGUCCUGAGGGUCCUGAGGGCACCAGCAGCAAGUCCACCGGAACAGACCUGUCCAUGGAGGACAUCGGCCGUCUGGAGGAGCUGCAGAGGGAGAUCAGGCAGCUGAGGGAGGAGGUGGCCUUACUGGAGGCCAAGCUGAGGCUGAAGGACUGUGGAGAACCUCAGGAGCCACAGCAUCAGAAGACCAGAGGUGGACACCAGGAGCUGGAGCUCAUCCCCAACCUACCUCCACUUUUUAGGGCCGAAACAAAACCCAGACCACCAAAGAGCUGUAACAGCAGAGCUGUCCAGGCGCUGCGAGAUGGACCUCGUGUUUUUAAAAACGAACCAGUGGAAACAUCGUACUGUGUCUACAGCAGAGCACUGAAGCAGACAUGUGAGGACCUUCCUACCCUGUCUCUGCAGUGUUACACUGAUCCAGGCACUGUAGAAGCUCAGGACUGUGAACAGGGAGAUGAAGACACUCCUCAGGAGGUGGAGGAUGAACCCAGUCUGUCUCUGCACUGCUACAGUGAUCCAGCACUGGAGUCCGAGUGCAGUGAUGGUGACCAACACACGCUCCAGGACUCGGAAGCUGAGGCUAGUCUGGUUAAAACUGAGCUGAUCUCCACUGACGGUGAUGAUGGAGACCAGAACGCACCAAAGGUGAAGCUGAUGGACUGUAAGAACAUUCUGGAGAUAGAUGGAAACAUCAAAGACGAGGAGGAACGGGAUGGAUAUCAUGAGGUGGAUUUUAUAUCUUCAGAUGUGGCCAUGCAGUCCUGCGUAGAGGAAGGUACCGGACCUCCCGUGUCUGAGCGGAACAUCUACAUCACAGGACCGUGUAUGAGGACACUGGCGACCUCGCACUUCACUACAGACCAGCACUUUAACGGAUACGCAGAAACAGGAACGUCCUAUUCCUGCUUUUGGUGCGGGAAGGAAUUCCUCUCAGCGUCCGCUCUGAGAAUGCACUUGAGCACGCACGCGGAAGAAAGUUCGGAAUGUUUUCCAGCUCCAGCGUCCCAGAGCAAAGACAAGCUGUACCCGUGCAUUCACUGCGGAAAAACGUUCGCCGACUUAUCGCACUGCAAAAGCCAUGAGAAGACGCACGCCGGAGAAGGGCCUUACCGCUGCCCUCAGUGCGGGGUCUCCUUCACGUUCCUCCACAGCUUUCAGAACCACCAGAAGGAACAUAGUGGAGAACCGAGUGCUGCCCUGAAGCCUUACCAGUGCUCGUACUGCAACAAGCAGUUCGCGACAAAGGCCACGCUCAUAAUCCACAGCAGAGUCCACACCGGAGAGCGACCCUACCAGUGCUGCUUCUGCGACCAGGCCUUCACCCGGUCAGACCGGCUGAGGGAACACGAACGGAUUCACACCGGAGAGAAGCCGUUCCGCUGCGGCUCCUGUGGGAAGCAGUUCUCGCAGGCGGCGUCGCUCAGGACUCACCAGAGGAUCCACACCGGAGAGAAGCCGUACCGCUGCUCCGGCUGUGGGAAGCAGUUCUCGGACUUAACGGGGCUCAGAACCCACGAGAGGCAGCACACCGGAGAGAAGCCAUACCGCUGUCUACAGUGUGGGAAGAGUUUCGCUCAGGCGUCCAACCUCAGGGCUCACCGCAAAACCCAUGAACAGGCCCCGCUGGUGUUCUCACAUGCUGAAAUUCGUGGGGGGAAAAAAUUCGGUGGGAAUUCCCCUGUGGAGGUGACCAGGCGCCGGUCCUGUAGGUGGCGCUGUGGAGCGCGUUGCUGCUCGCAUAACAGAUCAGCAGCCGCGGAGGGAGAAGACAGCGACGGUGGAGUAAGAACCAGCAGAAUGGAGAGCAGAGCCGAGGAGAUGGAGGAGGGAGAGGUUUUCCUGGAGCUCCACCUGCUGUACGACUCUGAAACGUCCUGCACCAAGUCAGUAGGAACUGAUCUCUCCAUGGACGACAUCAGAAACCUGCAGGCUGAGGUGUGGAGACUGAGAGAGGUGAUCGCUUCACUGGAGGAGAGGCUGAGACGACAGGAGGACGUACGCCGCGGGCAGGACUCAGAAGGAGGACCCAGUGUUCACAGGCCUGAACUGAGCCCUUUAGACUGUGGUCCCCAGGUGCAGGACGAGGAGGACGUCUCCAGUGUGAAUCCUGAGUGUAAACCUGAAGGGUCGUCAGUAUUCAUGCCGGACUCUCUGAGUGAGAGUGAGCAGCAGGACUCGGUGCAGGACGUGGAGCAGGACGGAGGCAGCCUCCCUCUGCAGUGCUACACUGACCCAAACCCUACAGAGAGUGUGGACUCCAGCUGUACCGCUGCAGCUCAGACGCCCUUAAAGACGUGUUCAGUGAGGCUGGAGGACUGCAGGACCAUAGUGGAGCUGAAUGGACUCAUCUCAGCAGAAGAAGAACCGGAAGAACCUGAUGAUGACAGUUCUUGCCCUUCAGGUGGAAGCAGUGAGUCUCCUGAUGAAGGAAAUCAAACCUCCAGAGAACAAACUCCAAACAAAACCAAUAAACAGAAACCAGGUUUUCUGUGUCCUGCCUGUGGAAAACAGCUGAGCUCCUCAGAGUCUUUGAAAAGACACAUGAGAGUUCAUAACGGAGAGAAGCGUGGGGGCGCUCUCACCGCCAAGGGGAACCCGGAGGUCCGUCAGGGCGCUCAAUCCAAAGAGAGGCGUCACAAAUGCCCCGACUGUGGGAAAGCGUUCCCUUUUCCAAGUAUGAUCAAAUACCACCAGAGGAUUCACACUGGAGAAAAACCUCACAGCUGCUCACACUGCGGCAUGAGCUUCAGGCAGAAAGGCCAUCUUCAGCGCCACGAGGCAAUACAUACCGGUGGCAGUACAAGCCAACAAAAACCACCUUUCCCUUGUCCUACUUGUGGAAAACAGCUGAGUUGCUCGGAAACUUUGAAAAGACACAUGAGAAUUCAUACCGGAGAGAAGCCGCCGAGGCCUCACGCCUGCACCGUGUGCGAUAAAGGGUUCCCUACGCGGUCGGUUCUGAAAGUGCACAUGAAAACGCAUAGUGGAGAGAAACCUUUCCACUGCGACGUGUGUGGGAACUCAUUCACGACCAAAGGAAACCUCAAGGUCCAUCAGAACAUUCAUACCGGAGCUCGACCGUACCAGUGCUCCUUCUGCGACAAGCGCUUCAAUCAUCAGACGCACUGUAGACGGCACGAACAUAGUCAUACCGAUGAGAGACCUCAUCAGUGUCCAGACUGUGGAAAAGGCUUCAGUUCCUCGAGUACACUCAAAGACCACCGGAGAGUUCAUACCGGAGAGAAGCCAUACCACUGCUCGCACUGCGACAUGAGCUUCAGCCACAAGAACCACCUCCAGCGCCACGAGAGGACGCACACCGGCGAGAAGCCUUACCUGUGCGACCACUGUGGGAAAGCCUUUUCAGAUCCCAGGCACUUCUCCACCCAUAAAAGGGUGCACUCGGGUGAGAAGCCCUACCAGUGCUCCUUCUGUGGGAGGAGCUUCCGCCAACGGAUCGACCUCAAGCAGCACGAGCGGACGCACACGAACGAAAGGCCGUACGAGUGUGUCCAGUGCAAUAAAGCAUUUGCGCGUCCGGACGUCCUUAAGACUCACCUCAGGGUGCACACAGGAGAGAAGCCUUAUCACUGUCCCUUCUGCGGAGAGUGUUUUGCUUAUUUAGGGAGCUUGAGGAUGCAUCAGGAGAAGCACGCCAAAGAGGAAGUGACACUGAGUUCAUAGCAGUAUGAGCUCUUUUACAGGAGACAAAGAGUAGUUCGGCAAUCAGUUGUGCCCGUUUUACACUUUACCCUAGAUGUAGUUAAUAGAUCGAGAUUUGUUUGGUGUCUCAAGUUUGCUUCUUUAGUUUUAACGCUGUUGAUACGAGGCGAAUGUAGCUAUGAAUGGAAUUAGCCUUACAGAUUAGCAUGGUGCCUCAUCAUGCUGGGUUGUUACAUAAGCUCAGAUAGACCUGCUAAAGUCUGAAAUUGGACAAAGUAUGUCAAAUAGCUAAAAACAGUGGCAGACAUUCUAGACCUGUAUUUGCUGGCUAUAUUAUGUCCAUAGGUUGAGUGCUGCUACUAACAAAGCAAACUUUAGACACCAGACAUGGCUGAUCAACUACACUUGGUCAUUUGGAUCCCCAAAUGGUCAAAUCCGCUGUUUACAAAUUGUAUGGUAAUCUGAACUCCGUCUGCAAUAAAUUGUGACAGAAACAAAGGAC